AUGCAGAGGUGGAGAGACCCGUUGUGUCGGCUGACGCUGUCGCUUCUGUCGCCUUCUAGGCAUGGAGCGGUCAAGAGCGAGGACACCUUCAAGACCUCCCCCUUCCAUUUCGACCUCUGGUUCUACUUCACCCUGCAGAACUGGGUGCUGGACUUCGGGCGUCCCAUCGCCAUGAUAAUCCUGCCUUUGGAGUGGUUUCCUCUAAACAAACCGAGUGCUGGAGAUUAUUUCCACAUGGCUUACAAUGUUAUCACGCCCUUUCUUCUGCUAAAGCUCAUCGAGAGAUCCCCCAAGACCUUACCGAGAUCAAUGGUCUACGUCAGCAUCAUCAUGUUUGUCAUGGGAGCCAGCAUCCACCUGGUCGGAGACUCCGUAAACCAUCGCCUGAUUUUCAGCGGCUACCAGCACCAUCUGUCCGUCAGAGAGAAUCCCAUCAUCAAGAACCUGAAGCCAGAGACGCUGAUUGAUUCCUUUGAGCUGCUGUACUACUACGACGAAUAUUUAGGUCACUCGAUGUGGUAUCUGGUGAAGGAGGGUCAGAUUUUCAUCCUCUACAUUUUCACUUUCUUUGCCAUGAUGGCUUUAGUGAUGCACCAGAAACGCAAAGGACUCGUCCUGGACAGCAACGGGCUUUUUCUCUUCUACUCCUUCAUCAUCACGCUGGUGCUCAUUGCUGUUUGGGUGGGUUGGCUGUGGAAUGACAAAAUUCUCAGGAAGAAGUACCCUGGCGUGAUCUACAUCCCGGAGCCGUGGGCGUUUUACACCCUGCACAUGAACAACCUCCACGCAGCAAAGGAAAAUUUCUAAGUUUUGAUAUUUUAGAGUGAUCUGAAGACCGAAAAAAAAAAAAGUCUAGUUUUUCUAAUGUAGAAGUAUUUCAA